GUGCCUAGCACAUGAAUGGAGCGUUGAUGUCAAAUACAUUACGGCAGCAUGUUGGUAAAAAUUAAAAAUUUAUUUUUCCAUGUUUUCAGAGCUUCAUGUCUUCCACGGAAUCUAAGGCUCUGUCACAAGAUGAACUCCGGAAAAGACUGUAUCAGACCUUUAAGAACCGAGGUGUUUUGGACGCCCUUAAGACACAGCUUCGAAACCAACUCAUACAUGAAUUAAUGAAUCCGGUUUUAAGUGGAGAAAUUCAGCCUCAAGUCAUUUCCAGUGAAUGUAGUUCAUUAAUAAUUGGUGCUUCUAACAGUCUGGUUGCAAAUCACCUGCGUAGAUGUGGCUAUGAAUAUUCCCUGUCUGUCUUCUAUCCAGAAAGUGGAUUAGAAAAGGAUAAGGAGCUUACAUUGCAAGAUCUACUGCAGCUCAUGAGGAUCAAUCCCAAGACUGACCUUUAUAAAACACUGAUUUCAGCUUCGAAAAAGGACAGUACUAAAGGCUUUCUUGUACAGAUUUUAACUGAGUUAAUAGAACACAGUCUCUGUAGGGAGAACUGUACCUCAGAAACCCAGACAAGUCCAACACCUAUCAAAGAAUCUCUUGCUGAGAAACUGCAACUGAUAGAUGAACAAUUUGCAGACAUCUACCCUCAUCGUCACAUAUCUGAGUCUUUUCAAGUAAAACUUGCUGAAUAUAGAAAAGAGAUAGAACAGCAGCUCCAAGCAGAAAUGUCUCAUAAGUUACAACACUUCAGAGAGGUUGAAAUAGCCAAAAUUAAAAUGGAUGAGAGAGCCCAGUCCCAAAAAGAAAUUUCAGAGCUUCGUAAAGAGUUUGAAAAAGCUCACCAAGCCAAAUCAGAAGCUCUGAACUCUCGAGAAAGAAAUGCUAUUGAGAGACUUCAGAAGCAACAAGAGAUUGAUGGAAAGGAAAUUUAUCUACAAAGACAAAGUCUGCUGAAAGAUAUUGAAACAGUAAGGGCCCGAGAGGUAGAAUUGAAGCAGAGAACAGAAGCGUUUGAACUAGCUCAAAGGCUUCAAGAAUCGAAAAAUAAAACUUUUGAAGAUAUGCUUCAUUGUCGGGAAGUAGCUGUGAAGAAUAUUGAGGAGGUUUAUGACCAGAAGCUAAAGAAUGAACUCCUAAAGUAUCAACUUGAACUAAAGGAAGAAUAUAUAGCUAGAACCAAGAAAAUUACUGAAGAUGAGAGAAAGCACAAAGAAAAAGCUAUGUUUUUGCACGAAGAGACCAUUUCUCUUAAUUCAAAAAAGCAAGAAUUUGAACAAGCUGCAUUGCGUGCAAAAGAGCUUGAGGUGGAAAUAGAUUCUAUCAAGGCUGAAGUGUUGUUAUUAAGCAAGCAGAAUCAGUUGUUGAUGGAAAAGCUAAAAGAAGUCUCAGAUUAUUCCACGCUAAAAGAGGAGAAAAUGGAAUUUCAUGUGCAGAAUAAGCUACUUAAACAACAGUUGGAGGAAGCGCACAAUGAAAACCUACAACUCAGAGACAAACUAAGUCGGCCAUCAUCUGAAUAUGUGAUCCUUCAAGCAGAAUUGAAAAGAGUGGAACAUGCUAGAAAGCUUGAACAUGAAGAGUCUGUAACUCAAAAGCAAUUAUUGGAAAAACAGUUACAAAAUGAGGUUGAUCAUUGUGUAGAAUUAAAGUCCCAGCUGUCAGAAUGUGAAAAUACUAUAAGGAAGUUGAAUGUACAAAUGGAAGACCUGAAAUUUCAACUGAAGCAAAUGCAGACAGCACUAGAGAAUGAAGUGUAUCGGAAUCCUAAACCCUCUUUGGUUGAUCGUUCUGUCAUUGACUUGAUUGGUGACAAGACUGUACCUCAUGAUGUUUAUAUAGACGGUGCUUUCUUGAAAACUCGUCCUAUGGCUAAUAUUGUUAGAAUGGAAAAUGCCUCAAAUCCCAGUCAUCAACAUUGUGUCCUGAGAUCCAGUGCUUCACCAGAUUCUGAUUUAGAAUUUGUAGCUAAUACGAAGGUUAGGAUAAAAGACUUGGAGAGAGAAGCUGAAUAUUUAGAAGAGGCCUACAGGAAUUACCAGCACAGAGUCAUUCAAAGCACAGUUGGCCCAGCAAAGCCCCCAUAUUCUUCACCUUUGCCAAGUAACUUUAUCACAGCAUCUCGCCAAAGACUUUGCCUUGCACAGGAUGACUUGGGCCCCCAGGAAUUUCCCCUUAGCUGUCAAAAAAGUAAAAGCUAUAACUGGACACCAAGAAAUGGGGAUUGCUUGAAAGAUCAUUUGACACCUCCCCACAAAAAAGCUGCUUCUUCCAGGCGUCUGUCUUCAACUCCUCUUUCCAAAACAAGGCGAAACGUUCGUAGCAAGUUAUUUUCUGAAGAUACAACUGGCGCAUCCCGUGCAGCUCCCCUUGCGAAUGUUGACCAGCCUCUCUCUCCCAUUCUGAGAACAGGCAACCGUUCAUCUCCUGAAUCUGCUUCUAAUAUAUCAGCUUCGUCUUCUCCAGUUCCCAGUGAACCAAAGUUAAGUCUUCAUCAAGAGCAAGAUGAAAAUCACGUUACUGACUCUGCAAAUCCUGAGAAGCUCUUGUAUGAACACCUUGAAAACCAUGGCUCUGACAGUAAGUAUCAAGAGGACAUUCCAGAACAGCUCGGAAGCGAUGUGUCACAUCCAUCUGGCGACAUUGUUAGGAGGAGCCAUGUCCUACCUUCUGUGCCAGCAGCAAGCAUUUCAGAGCAGGACAUAAGUAGAGUAGAGAUGACAACCGUAGAUGGUCAAAGGCAUCCUGAAGAAUUGGAGGACCAAAAAUGGGAAGAAGAAAGGAGAGAUCGAGAAGAAAGAAGGCAGAGAGAGAGACAGGAAGCUUUGGAAAGAGAGCAAGAAGAACUGGAAAAAUUGAAUGAAUGUCAGCAUCAAGAAUUAUUGGAGACUGAGGAAAAGCAAACUAAAGAAUUAACAAACUUGGAAACCAGUAUAACGAAGUCUGAAGAACAUGGUGAUGGUGAUAUGUCCAAUCCACUGGAAAAAUACAUGAAAAUAAUACAGCAUAAUCAAGAGCAACAGCUUGCAGACAAGAACUCCAAGAAAGAAGAAGUUGAAAUAUCAUCUGAGAGACUCCCAGCCAGCGACAGGGAGGACAGCUUUAGUGCUGCAGGCGUUCAUGAAGACCCAGACGAAGAUUUUUGGUGAACAUCAACUAGCAGUAGCUACUUGACCAGAAAAACGGACCCAUUAAAGAAAAGAUACAGAUUCUGCAUGGCACUGAAAUAUUUCCAUCUGCAAAGUAAUUAAUGAAGAAUAGUGCUUCUCCGUUUAAAUCUACUUCAGCGAUACUCUUCCAGAAUUGAUAUUACAGACUUUACAAAUGAUCAAAUGGCUUCAGAAAGCCAGUGAAAUUCAGAGGUUUAAUUUCUUUCUUUCUGGGCAAUAUAAUUGAAAAAAACUGAUUAUUUUACUUGAACAUUGACUACAUUUCCAAGAAAAAGUCAAAUACUUCCCUAUAGAAGAUCCAUGUUUCAUAUUUUCACAGUUCAUAUUUUUUACUUAGCAUUUUCAAAAGACCAAACAUACAGACAAGGGCUUUUUUAAAAUUUGUAUUUGUAAUGAUGACUAUUUACUAUUAAAGCACACAGUAUUUCAAUCUAAA